AUGCCCGGAGACAGAGCCACGGACGCCUCCUACCCUCCUGCUGCACCCAUGGCAGCCUUCCUGGGGGCUGCAGGUGAGGGAUCCCCGUGUGCCCCCGGUCUUGGGUGGGCUGGCGAGGGGCCAGGGGCCAGCGGCAAGAACCGGCGCGUGUGCCAUGCCGUGGCACGGCUGGAGAUGGGAAGCCUCUGGGAGGAGUUCAACCGCCUGGGCACCGAGAUGAUCGUCACCAAAGCAGGCAGGAGGAUGUUUCCCACCUUCCAGGUGAAGCUGUCGGGGUUGGAUCCGUUGGCUGACUACGUCUUGCUCAUGGAUUUCAUCCCGCUGGACGACAAGAGAUACAGAUACGCCUUCCACAGCUCCUCCUGGCUGGCGGCGGGCCGGGCCGAGCCAGCAGCUCCCGGACGUGUCCACUUCCACCCCGACUCCCCCGCCAAGGGCGCCCAGUGGAUGCGGCAGAUCGUCUCCUUCGACAAGCUCAAGCUGACCAACAACCUCCUGGACGACAACGGCCACAUCAUCCUAAACUCCAUGCACCGCUACCAGCCCCGAUUCCACGUCGUCCUCGUGGACCCGCGGCGCGACAGCGAGCGCUUCGCCCACCAGAACUUCAAGUCCUUCAGCUUCCCCGAGACCCAGUUCAUGGCGGUGACGGCCUACCAGAACCACCGGAUCACCCAGCUGAAGAUCGCCAGCAACCCCUUCGCCAAGGGAUUUCGGGAUGGCGACCCCGAGCCGUGGUAAGGGACCACACAAUGCUGCCCCCACACUGCAGUGAGGGGGUCACACUGCCUCCCCUGACCCCCCAUCUCUCUUGCAGGUGUGGGGU